GCCGCCGCGGCCCCGGCCUGAUCCCCGGCCUGUCCCGGCCCCGCGACCCCCGGGCUGACCCCUCCCUGCGGGCAGCCGGCCACAGGCGCUGCUGGGGAACCCCUCAGCCCUGCUCCUCGCUGGCACUGCCCAUCCUGCGGCCCUGCGAAGUCCCCAGGACACUCCUGCAGCUCCCCGGGCAGGGCAGGGAUCCUGCGGCACCUGGCUGCAGUGCAGCCUUGUCCGGCCGCGGGCAGCGGCGACAGGCAGCAGCCAGCGCGGCCCCGUGCUCCCACGCCACGGCGCAGGGGGGGAGUUUCUCCUCCUUUGUCUACUCCCGGCCAGGCAGCAGCCGGUGCGCGGCAGCGCCGGAGCAGCCGGGGAAGGGCCUCGGCAGGAGCCGCGGAGGACGGCGGCCGCGGUGCCCUCUGCCCCGGCACAGCCACCGGCCCGGCCUGGCCGCGCUGGGAGCGAGCAGCGAUCCCGGAGGAGCCAAGCUCUUCAUGACGGAAACCCGACCAGGCAGCGGGGACGGCAGCUGCGCCCGGGAACGGGGAGGACGGCAGCAUUGGGGACAAGGACACCCGCGUCCCGUCCCCACCCCCGGCGCCCGCCGUCGGCCAUGGGGAACGGCAUGAGCCAGAUCCUUCCUGGCCUCUACCUUGGGAACUUCGUUGAUGCCAAAGACCUGGAGCAGCUAAGCAGGAACAAGAUCACCCACAUUGUUUCGAUCCAUGAAUCCCCCCAGCCCUUGCUGAAGGACAUUACCUACCUCCGCAUCCCCCUGCCUGACACCCCUGAAGCCAACAUCAAGAGGCACUUCAAGGAAUGCAUCAGUUUUAUCCAUCAGUGUCGCCUGCAUGGAGGGAACUGCCUCGUCCACUGCCUGGCUGGCAUCUCCCGCAGCACCACCGUGGUCGUUGCCUACGUGAUGGUUGUGACGGAGCUGAGCUGCCAGGAGGUGCUGGAUGCCAUCCGAACCAUCCGGCCCGUGGCCAACCCCAACCCCGGCUUCAGGCAGCAGCUGGCUGAGUUCAGCGGCAGCGCAGCCCGCAAGGUCCGCAGGCACCUGAAGCAGAAGUAUGGGAUGUCCCCUUUCAAUGAUGAGGAAGAAAUAAAGGCCUUGCUGCCAGUAGGGAGAGAAGGAACGUCCAGGACAGAGGGAGCUGUGCAAGGACUGGUCCCAAGAGCCAGAGACAUGAGGAGCACAAGUCCCUUCCUGCUGCGGGUGAAGAGGACGUUCUCCUGCAUCCCGGCUUGUCUGAAGUGACCCAGGCCAGGGGAGAGCAGUGAGCAUCACCCAACAGCCUGGGAGAGAUG